AUGGCAGACAAGCCCGACAUGGCGGAAAUUGCCGGCUUCAAUAAGGCCAAGCUGAAGACGAUGGAGACGCAGGAGAAGAACACCCUGCCAACCAAAGAGACCACUGAGCAGGAGAAGCAAGCGAAGUGAAAUUUCCUAAGA